AUGUACAAAAUUCACCACCGAGUGAGAAGGUGGGCGCCACCGAGUUCUCUCGCAGCAUUUAGAAACAGAGAAGCGGCUCACAGGACGCGCCGCUCUGCGGCCGGCGGGGCCCGGGCCUGUCCCCGUCGCGGUGCGGCCGUGGCCGCGCGGCUCCCAGCCUGCGCCGGGGCUCCCCGUCACCCCGCCGGGCUCCUCCUCCCCGCCGCCGCUCGGGCUCCUCGCUCGCCGCGGCUGCGCCGGGAGCGGUGCCGGGCCGAGGGCCGAGCGGGGUCGAUGCUGCGCGGGGCCGCGCUGCUCCCCCGCGCCCUGGGCGGUGGCGGCGGCUGCUGCUGCGCGGCCCGCGGCUGGGCGGGAGCGGCGGGCGGCGGCUCCCGCCCGCGGGCCGCCCCGGGGCUGCCGCCGGGCCGCGCCUGGGACCGGCCCGCGGGACCGGCCCCGCUGCCGCCGGGCGCCCGCGGGCUGCUCUGCUGGGCCGGUAAAUUUUACCAACAUGCCCCCACUGAGACCUCCCAAGCCACCCUAGCCAGCGUGUCUCCUGUUUUUGCAGUGAUGAAGUUUGACAAGGAGGGAAAUACUACCUAUUUUGAAAAGAAGAAAACAGAAUUGUACCAGGAGUUGGGUCUUCAAGCUCGAGAUCUGAGAUUUCAACAUGUGAUGAGCAUUGCAACCAGGAACAACAGGAUCAUCAUGAGAAUGGAGUUCUUGAAGGCUGUCAUAACACCAGAGUUUCUUCUGAUACUAGAUUAUCGUAAUUUAAGUCUGGAACACUGGCUCCUCAAUGAACUAGCAUCUCAGCUGGCUGGGGAAGGUCAACUAGUCACAUAUUCCCUGCCCUUUGAAUUCCGAGCCAUAGAAGCAAUCCUGCAGUACUGGAUCAGCAAACUGCAGGGAAGACUUAACACUUUGCAGCCUCAGAUCCUUGAGACACUGGAAGCCCUAGUGGAUCCCAAGCUUUUAUCUGUGGAUAGGAGUAAACUACACAUUCUCCUGCAAAAUGGCAAGAGCUUGUCAGAACUGGAAACAGAUGCUAAAGUUUUCAAAGAAACUAUUCUGGAGAUCUUAGAUGAAGAAGAACUAAUAGAAGAACUCUGUGUGUCUAAAUGGACUGAUCCACAAGUAUUUGAGGAGAGUAUGUCUGGAAUUGACCAUGCAGAGGAAAUGGAGCUGCUCUUGGAGAAUUAUUACAGACAAGCAGAAGAUCUUUUAAAUGAAGCUCGUGAACUCAGAGUACUGAUUGACGACUCAGAAAGCAUCAUCUUUAUCAACCUGGACAGCCACCGUAAUGUGAUGAUGAGGCUGAACUUGCAGCUGACCAUGGGGACUUUCUCUUUCUCUCUCUUUGGACUCCUAGGAGUUGCUUUUGGUAUGAACUUGGAGUCAUCUCUUGAAGAGGACCCCAGGAUAUUUUGGUUGGUGACAGGGAUUAUGUUUCUGGGAAGUGGUCUGAUCUGGCGGCGCUUACUUUCCUUCCUUGGGCGGCACCUGGAUCCUCCACUACCUCCUCACGUUCCUGCAGUUUUGAAAAAAUCCCAACCAGCAGCUGGAAGAGUGGAGAUAAAGACCAGCCUUAAAGGAGAAACAUUUGGGCUGAGCAGAAGCACCUUAACAAACCAGUAGGAACAGCAGGAAUGAAGAGACUUUUAUUGUUACAGGGUGGACUUUGGACUCUUUCCUUGUAUUUGUUCUUCCUUACUGAAAACUGCAAGAAUUUCUAAACUUGCUAAUUUAAUCUAUAUUUUGUGCCAAAAACCUACAAUGAAAUUUCUAAUGCUCGUGCACAUAAGGAGAGAAACACAAGGGAAAAUAGCAAAAUGCUUUCUACAGUAGUUUCACUUCCACCCCAUGUAUGUGCCUUUAGUUUUCUGUAUCACAUACAUGUACUUACUUUUUGGGCAAUCUCAUUUUUAGUGUUUCUGUCAAAUACUGCUUUGCUUAAUGGCAUUUCUUACAGAGAACAGAAUUUUUGGUUUAAAGAAGGACAGCAGUCAGCAUUGAUCAGUAAUUCUGGUUCUGAACUGCAGAUUUAGGAAUCUGACUUCAAAGAAAAAUCCACCCCAAGAGUGCCUUCUUGAAUGGAUUUUUAAGGCCCUGUUUAAUAGGAGAGAACAGGUUUUCCAGAGCAAAAAGCAUACCUGCAUCUCUGGUGAAACAUGACUUCUAGAUUGUCAGCAAUGAUUAAAAAGGAGCAAUAAAAGGCUUUGGAAAUGCAGCUGCUAA